AUGUCUUCCUCGAAGGAAGACGUGGAGCAGGCGCGCAUCUCUAAGAUUGCCGGCCGCUACCUGCUCUUUGACAUCAAAGACAUCAUGCACCUGCGGCGCAACUACGGCAUCUGCUCUAUGCUCACUGGCGUCACGCCGCAGAAUCCCAGUCAAACACUCUUUUCAGGCCUACCCCUGGAGAUAGCAGCCGAGGAAGCAAAGCUGCUCGUGGACUUGGGUGCUGCUUACGUCGAGGAUGACUGUGCCGCCCACCUGGCUCAGCUCACGGCUGUGGAUGGUGCUGGCCGUAGGGCUUACAUCGAUUCGUUCAAGCGUCAACGUCAAGCCCUGCGAGACACGCUCAUUGACAUGGAUGCUGAGAAGGAUGCCAUGAGGGCCGAUUUUCGUGCAAAGAAUGCUGCAAAAACAGCGGAGAGACGUAAGAAGAAGAGCAAGGAAGUCUCAGCAUCAGACAUGUUUGGCUCAGGGAACGGCGAGCCGCCUGCCAUGAACGAGUCUGAGAUUGGCCCAAACGAGGCCAUCGACACCCGCGAGAGGGUUGCGGCUGCUCCUACAGCAGACGCUGGAAGCCGUCUUGUAUCAAUCACACCUGCCACGUCUUCUGACUUGAUAGAGAAGGGUGCGCACCCCGCCACCGUCGGUGCUCCGCCCUCCUACGCGCUGCGCGCUCAGCUCAACUCUAAAGGGUUCUACACCACCCCAGGCCUGCGCUUCGCGGGCGACUAUAGCGUUUAUCCGGGCGACCCUUUCCGGUUCCACGCACACUUCACGGCAGUAAGCUACGGCUGGGACGAGGGGAUCAACAUGCUGGAUCUCGUCGGUUCCGCUCGCAUGGCUACCGGUGUCAAGAAAGGCCUGUUGAUUGGCGCCGAGAGACCUGGUCCCGGUGCGGGCGACCCGAGUGGGAGCAACGUAAGGUCUUUUAGCCUGGAGUGGGCCGCGAUGUAA